AUGAUACACACACAACGGCAAACAUCGCGUAUUCGCAUCAUCAAAGUGUGCGUACAUAUAUUCUUGCCAAUUUUAUGUGUUAAACGAACGAAAACUAACUAUGGUUCAAAACGAAAGUGUAAUCGUUUCGAUUGAAGUGUUUUUUCGCAGUUUCGAUACGUCAGGCCAAAUGUUUGGUUCAUUUACCGUGUACGCUGCUUGUUGUUCAACACAGACCAUACGACACAUUGGUAAUUUGUGUGUCAACUAAAGUUUUUUUUUAUUCAUAUUUCUACCUCGAACCAUCGUGUGCUGCUUUUUUUUCGACUAUUGAGACGUCGCGUUAAUCGCACAUCCAAGAGAUUAAAAUUGUUGGUUUGUAUCCAUGUUGCUGAGACUGUGCUGCAAAAGUCCAUUUUGUGGUACAUCAAAUUGAUUUUAAAAAUAAAAUUACGAUGGGGUGAUAAACGAUAAGAAACGAUAUUACACUAAGUUCAAUCGAAGUGAUAAUGAAGAUAUUGAAACUGUGCAAAUAAACAAACAAACAACCAAAAAAAAACAAUCAAGUGGAAGUGUCUGUGGUGAAUUACAGUGCAAAUGAAGUGCGAGUAAUUUUAAUGAAUGAAAGUGUUGUUGGGUCGGUCUUGAGAGACAUAAUGCUCAAUGGAAAAAUGGCAGAAACAACGCCAACACCAUCCGACCUAUUUUCAAAUACAACCGAAGAGGUGAUCAAAGUGGCAACCGGUGAUAUUGAUACCAAUAACAUAAAUGCCAAUCAGUUUUCGGACGGUUUCACCGAAUAUUUUAGCACAACAUUCGGUGGUUUUACAUUUGGUAAUGUGCUUGCAAAUAAAUGCGGACAAUGGCAACAAGUGAAUGAUGUUUACUUUCAAGUGGCCAAUGCCUUAUUCUUAAUUGCAUUUCUUGCACCACACAAAUCCUAUGGAUUUUUAUUGGCACGUUGUUCUCUUGUCGUUGGCAGCAUAUUAUUGACAUUGUGGAGUUACCUAAUCGAAUGUUCGUUAGACGCCCUCAUUUGGAGUGGCCUCUUUUUAGCCGUCAAUUUUAUGUACUUGCUGGUAUUGAUGUAUCAAAUGAGGCCAGUGCGGUUUGAAAAGGAAAUUGAUGCGGUGUAUGUCGCGCUGUUCAAACCGUUGAAUGUCUCUAGACAUCAAUUCAAAAAAGUACUAAAUUGUAUGAAGAUGAUUCGUUUGCUCAAAUAUCAAGAGAUUUACGCACAAGAGAAGGUUACCAAAGUUGAUAGUCUGUCGCUUGUAUUAAGCGGAAAAUUAGUUGUGUCACAAAACCAAAGAGCCCUACACAUUGUAUUCCAGCAUCAAUUUCUCGACUCGCCUGAAUGGUUCGGCGUCUCGACCGAUGACUUUUUUCAGGUGUCGAUAAUGGCAAUGGAAGAAUCUCGGGUACUUAUAUGGCAUCGUGACAAACUUAGAUUAUCCAUAAUCAAUGAUUCAUUCUUGCGGACGGUAUUCGAUCACAUACUCGCAAAAGAUGUCGUAAAGAAAUUGAUGCAAGUUACGCAAGUGAGUGAGACGCUCUCUAAUAGCAACGGUCACAUUCAGUCGUACGACGAGAGUGGCAGUGAAGAUAAACCAAUGCUACAAGUCAAGAUGAACGGAAACGAUGACCAAGGAAUCAAUGCCUUAAUCAAUCGUCAAUUACAAGUUGGUGAUAUAAACUCAUGGCGCUUGGGAUGCAUUGAAGAAACUGACCAUGAGACUGCUGUGUGAAUUGAACAACUAACUAUUGAAUAUACACUGUUUUUUUUUAUUUCUUCUGUAUGAUCGAAACCAUAAAUGACUGCCAGUGAAUAUUCUAAUUUAUAAAGAAAUUAAGCCAAUUUAAUGCAAAUAGUGCUCGCAAAUGACUUCCAAACCAAGAUGAAAAAAAAAAAAUACAAGAACGAAACCAAAAUCUAAUUAAAAUUGAAAAAUCAUCAUUAUUGCCUGUGUUUCAGCCAUUUACCCUUGAUUCUACAAAUUGUUAUCAAUUAUAUAUAUAUAUAUAUAUAUGAAAUAAUUAUAGAGGAACAAAAGACCAGUGAAUUUGUAUUUGUUGCAUUUAUUGUUGUUGGAAAUUGUAUAUGUAUAUUUAUGAAAAUGAUUUAAAAAGGAGAAAACCAAAGAAAUCAUGUUGUAGCAAUUCA